UUUAUUUCUACUCACAUAUGAAAAUGGAGAUGAGAAAAUGCGUAUGGUUUUUCAUGUUAUUGCUUAUCUUGUUUGCUUCACAAGAAAUGGUAAAGCAAGUAGAAGGAAGGAUGUGCGAGUCAAAGAGUCAUCAUUAUAGGGGAGCUUGUUGGAGGGAGCAUAACUGUGCUAUGAGUUGCCGUGUCGAAGGUUUUUCCGGCGGACAUUGUAAAGGCUUUCGCGGCCGCUGUUUCUGUACUCGUCGCUGCUAAUUAGCCAGUAGCAGUAUUAUUACCUUGCUGAUCUCAAAUGCUCCUUUGUUUAGUUGGUAAUUGGGAGUAUCUCAUUAUCUUUUGUUGUCAGUCUAACUCAUUUGGGUUUCAAAACUAUGUAAAAACCAUUGCCUUUGGACGUUUUUUCUGUUAGUAAGUCACAUGGA